CUGGUGGUGGCAGCGGAACAUCCGGGGCGGUCUGGGGGAGCUCGACGCUGGCGGAGUCUUCAGUCAGAAGCCGGGUGAAAAGGAGACGGGAAGGAAGAGGUGUGAGCAGUUGAAGUCUCUAUUGGUGUAUGUGCGGUAACAACAUGUCUGUCCCCCUCCUUGCUGAUGCCGUGACCGUUUCAGGGGCAGAGCGGGAGACUGCAGCGGUCAUUUUUUUACAUGGGCUCGGAGACACAGGGCACAGCUGGGCUGAGGCCUUGUCUGCCAUUCGGCUCCCUUAUGUGAAAUACAUCUGCCCUCAUGCGCCCAGGAUCCCCGUCACGCUCAAUAUGAAGAUGGUCAUGCCAUCCUGGUUUGAUUUGAUGGGGCUAAGUCCAGAUGCACCGGAGGAUGAAACUGGAAUUAAAAAAGCUGCUGAGAACAUUAAAGCCGUCAUCGAGCAUGAAGUAAAGAACGGAAUCCCAGCCAACCGCAUCGUCCUAGGAGGCUUUUCACAGGGUGGCGCCCUCUCCCUCUACACAGCUCUCACUUGCCCACACCAGCUGGCUGGCAUCGUGGCCCUCAGCUGUUGGCUCCCCCUGCACAAGGCCUUCCCUCAGGCGGCAAACAACGGGAUGAACAAAGACAUACCCAUUCUUCAGUGUCAUGGGGAGAUGGACCCCAUGAUCCCAGUGCGCUUCGGGGCCCUCACCGCUGAGAAACUGAAGUGCGUCGUGACCCCGAGCAAGGUCCAGUUCAGAACUUAUCCAGGACUGAUGCACAGCUCCUGCCCUCAGGAGAUGAUGGCUGUGAAAGAAUUCAUCGAGAAGUUGCUGCCUAGGAUUUAAAUGGAGCUACUCAAGACUGUUGCAGGGAGAGGAGACCAAAGGUCACCACCUUCGAUCUUUAACCCUUGACCUGUCAGUUGCAUCCGGAAGCCAUGACGAUCCACCUCCACUCUAGUCGGUUUCCUUUGGUUUCCUUUUUCUGGCCCUUCCCUUCCUCCUGUGCAUGCCCCUCCUUCAGCAGAAGGGGAGGCAUCUUCUGUAUGCACAGCAAAGGGCUGGAGCGGUUUUAAGGUACAAGCUGGGAUCCAUUUGGCUGCCUUAGUGGGUUUGGGGGGGAUCAUUCAGGAUCUGUUUCCCCCCAACCGUCAAGUGCUUACUGUGGCGAUUAACUGGGUGGCAGCCAAAGGCUCUAAAAGCGAAAAGGUAUUAGGAGACGUCUUUUCUUCUUUUGCAGUAUUUGCAGGGAGCUUAAGUGAGCGAACUGAGCUCCCUGUUGGGUUCACAGACCUUCCCAUCUCCCUCCGUCUGUGGUAUGGAGAGCCAGUCUCACUUGCGUGCAUCUGUUCUGCCAAAGCUGUGUUAGUGGCACAGGCAGGGCUGGAGCUGGCACUUGACUUUUUCCUGGGCUGGGGAGGUAAGAAAAUUCUCCUGUCCUGCCCUGCCCAGGAGGACGUUCCACAGAGCCCUGUACCUUAAACCUUGUUCCAAAAAUCCCGCCAGCAUUGCCAGGCGAGGGGGAAGAGCAGCCUGUUGGCGGAUGGCUGCACCUUAUCCUCCAGCCCUGUCUUAUUCCUGCUCUGCCCCUGUCAGACUCAUGUGCAACAGCUGAGCUGAAUUACCCUCACCUUCACCAGGCCUUUAUUCCCCCCCCCCCCAAAAAAAUAGCCACCUUUCCUUUUCUCAUCAUCUCCACUGUGGUCUUUUCCAUCACGUUGGGCCCAAGUAGGUUCCUUGCUACACAGGCAGGGUAGAGCUCAGGGGAGAUGGACACGCAGCGUAGGGCUGUCUGUAGUCUUCUGGGCAUUCCAGUGACCGGAAGCACUUGCCCCCAACAAUGGCAGCUGGGGCAGUGCCUCAGUGGUGAUCGCUUGCGUUGCUCAGCAGAUCGCCCAGGAUGGCUGCUUCGUGAUCCUUUCACUUUCCAUAUCAAGCAGCUGCAAGCUGGUUUUUUUGCAGUAGGGGCCGCCUCCCCUUAGGGCCUCUCUUGGUUGUCAGUGGAUCUGCUAAGCCCAGCAUUCUCCUCUCCCACCCCCAUCCUCCACUGGCAGCCCCUCCUUAGCCCUGGUGGCUGGCAACCAAGAUGGUUUUCUUUAUUUUCGCGACAAGGCCCCUUUCCUGGAGUGUCAGGCUAUCAUCCUCAUUUCCCGCAGGGAGUGGGCGUGGUCUGAGCUGCUGAGCAGCGAAGGGCCCCUACUCCUACCCUCCCAUCUGGGCUGAACCAGGACUUUGACAGCCAAGGGCAGUGUGUAUCUUCUGAAGGCGCUUUUCCCGUUCACUCUCCGUGUUUUUGGCGAAGGGCUAUUUCCUUGCUUCCUCCCAUGUUGUCUUGCUUGCCGUGUGGCCUGUGCCCCCUCACGUUCUCCCCGAUGCAGUUGUCAGGCAGCAGCCAAUGAGCACUGGGUCCAUCCUAGUGCUUGGCAGACCUCUUCAGAAAGGGUUGGGCUAUGGCUGGGAGGGGAGAGUGUGGCAGUGCCCCUGGCAGAGCAGUUACGCUCUCCCUCUCCCAGGAGACGUCGGUCCCCUUAAGGAGCUUGCGGCACAGCUCUGUGGCAGUUCCAAGAGAAGGGGUCGCUCUCUUCCCACUUUCCGUUCUCAAAGGACAUGUGAAGAGUGUCUUGUGGCCGCCGCCGGUAUCCAUUCCAUCUUACCUUUGUUGGGCAUAAGUGACUUUCCACACAAGGUGGAAGCUUCUCGCUUCAGGUUCUUCCUUCUCAGGCACCUGGAGGGUCCCUAAAUGCCUUUAUAUGCUUUCUUUGGCGGAUGAUGACAGCCAGCCUGUUUCCCCUUUGCUAUUUCCAUGGUCUCUUUCCCAAGUAGUAUCCCCGGCUUAAGGCCAGAACAGCUUAUGUCCGUACAGGCGGAAGGAAAGGUAACAGUUGAGAUGGGGGG